GCGUACUCGGAACCUUCGAAGGGGGAAGACUUUAACCGGAGGACACAGGUUUAAUGAUGGCCGACGUACCAGAUGAUGCACCGCAGCACUGCCCGGGCACAGCGAGUGAGCAGGCAGGAAAGACGUCGUCAUGUGAUGGCUGUCCCAACCAGAAAGCGUGUGCUUCUGGAGCCACCAAGGCCCCCGACCCCGCCAUCGCAGAGAUUGGAGCGAAGAUGGCGACGGUCAAACACAUUAUUCUCGUGCUGUCUGGAAAAGGAGGAGUGGGGAAGAGUACCUUCAGCGCUCACCUGGCUCACGCCCUGGCAAGUGACAACACAAAAGAGGUGGCCCUGCUGGAUGUAGAUAUCUGCGGUCCGUCCAUUCCUAGGAUCAUGGGCUUAGAGGGAGAACAGGUUCAUCAGAGUGGCUCAGGCUGGUCUCCUGUGUACGUGGAUGACAACCUGGCCGUCAUGUCUAUUGGCUUCCUGCUCAGCAGCCCUGAUGAUGCUGUGAUCUGGAGAGGACCCAAGAAGAACGGGAUGAUCAAGCAGUUCUUGAGGGAUGUUGACUGGGGGGAGCUGGAUUACCUCAUCGUGGACACGCCCCCCGGCACCUCUGACGAACACCUGUCAAUCGUUCAGUACCUGAGCUCCACCCACAUCGAUGGAGCUGUGAUCAUCACCACACCACAGGAGGUAUCGUUGCAGGAUGUGCGGAAGGAGAUCCGGUUCUGUCAGAAAGUCAAGCUGCCGAUCAUCGGAGUGGUGGAGAACAUGAGUGGCUUCGUCUGCCCUUCGUGCAAGAACACAUCGCAGAUUUUCCCUCCCACCAGCGGGGGUGCAGAGAAAAUGUGUUUGGAUUUAGAUCUGCCACUGUUAGGAAAAGUCCCUCUAGACCCGAGGAUAGCCCGAAGCUGCGAUGAGGGCAAGUCUUUCCUGAACGAAGUACCCGACUCUCCUGCUGCUAAGGUCUACCUGAAUAUCGUGCAGAGUAUCAAGGACUACUGUUCCAACCGUGUGACAGAGGAUCAGAGCACCACCUGAAGCCACUCUGAUGGAGGCGGCCAUGUUGGACCACAUCACAAAGACAGAUCAAAUGAUGAGUGUGGUAGAAAUGAUUAACUACUGAAUUAAAAACACACAUAAGAUAGCUGGCGCAUGAUUCCCCAAAGCCAACAUUCUUAUAAGCCACUUUGGUGAGAUUCUCAGACCUUACAGUGCAGUUGUUUAUUCUGCAGUCGCCGGAAAAUACAUUUUUUUACAGAAAACCGUUGAUUUGUGAGGACAAUAUAACAUAAUAUUGAUAUUAUAUUACAAUCAUAUAUCAUUUAUUACUAGUUCCUCAUUGUAAUAAAUAUAAUAUAAAUAAUAACAGCAAAAUUAGUACCCAAAUAGCAUUUGGGUACUAAUUUUAAACAUUUCAUCCGAAAGUAAAAUUCACAUAAGCAUUGAAAACCAUGAUUUAGAAUUGAGAUAAGGACACAGUUAACAUUUAUCUUAAAAUAUGAAAGCUUUUGAUAUUGUCAUUGUCUUACAAAUCCCAUUUAAAAUGACCAAAACCCGCAAUGGGCUAUGCUAUCGUCAGCCUCUAGGAGACUGAAGUUUUUUGUUAACCUUUCUCAAACGGGAGUACAUUUUUACAUUUAUUAGGGACCAUUUAAGAAUCAACACCUUUGUUUGAGAUGGUGAUUGUACUCAGGCACAGCAAUAUCUCUCCGAGUGCAGCAGUGGCCCAUUGGAGUUCUGCAGCCGAGAGGAAGCUAGAUGAGGCUUUGUAUACACAAGUUCAACUUUAUCAAUCAUUGUUUAAAGUCCUUACCAGGAAGUUGCCGACAAUAACAAAAUUAUCACCAGACCUUGAAUUUCCUUUUUAAAGUAAGGUGCAUCCUAAGCUACUGAAUAUCCAGUGAGUUUACAGUGUGCUCUAGUAAAGGAGGUGCUAUUUGGGGAAGUAAAAACAUUGGUCAUGUAGUAAAUCAAGCUGUAGCAUAAACAUUUUUACAAUUUCUUUUAGAACAUUUUGUGGCUCCUACCGUUAUUAUUAACUAAGUCUUCUAAAUACAAAACACAGAAUCCUCAGUAUAUCAUAUGAUUGUUCUCUGCACUGCAAGGGAAUAGAAAGUUUGAAUGUAUGAAUCACGGAGAACUACAUGGAUUACUUUGUUUAAGAUAUGUGCAUGUGAGGAUUGUUACGUCCCCACUAAGGUAUAGGGGACCUGGAGACAAUAACCUACAACCAAUACAAAUGAGGGAGUCAGCGUAACAGUUGACAAAAGGUUUAUUUUAUGUCAACCCAGAACCGAACAGACAUAUAACUGAAACACUCUGUUGGUGAGGAGGAGGAGUCAAAGGAUUGUGCCAAACAAAAGAAACAAGCAUAACAAAACCAGGCCUAUCUCUACAUCUAUCCUUUGAAACCAAAACUCAAACAAAAACCCUCACUAACUAAACUACAAAGAAGUUGACAAAACAAUAUACAGGGGUGGCAACAAUCCGCUAACCUAGUGUGCCUAAACAUUAGUUAGCUACGUGGUGAGAAAUGUACAGGGUACCCCAGACUUACCUAACUCCCCCACCUCUCAACACACACACUUUCAAAAAGGUUUGACAAUACAAAGAAAAUGAGUUGCUAAACACUGCAGGCUCCUUCAUCAGCAACAGGCCCAGAGUGAGAGAGCGAGAAGACUUCCUGGGUGCCUCCUUUAUGGUCGGCCCUGGCUGCUGAUAGGCCAGCUGAGGGUGAGAGGAUCCAAUCAGACUCAGGCAGAUACCGAUCAGCUGCUGAUUAGCUGUGCAGAAGACAGGGAGAAGAGAGAAACACAGGAGGGAAGGAAAACCACACAAGUACAGCCUGCCUGGCACGUAACAAGGAUUGAAACUUUACUUUCUCACUAACGAGUCCGAGCCACUGACCAAAUUGUGCAUGAUCUGUACAAUGUUUUCAUACAUAAAAGUUGCAGGCCAAAUGUACUUCAAUGACCAGAUGUACAGUUUAAAAUAAUUGUGGAGGGAGACCAAGUCAUUUCUGAUUUACAGUAAUAAAUCAAAUGUUUUGUGGAUUUACAGAAGAAGAUUAAAGAAUAAAUCGUUUCUAAACUGUCUUGGAUACACUUUGUUUAAGGUAAAGUACUAGUAAAUAAAUGAC